ACUGCAAUUAAAACCUUGGCCGUCCUGUUUAAAUAGGGAUUGUAUUGAUAACUCCCUGGUUUGUCCAUAGACUGUUAGACUAGUGCAUUCCGUCUUCCGCAAACGGCCCUUGGCAGAUCACAUAUACCAAAAUCACAACAGCGUCAUAUCCGAGGAAAUUUGCAAAUCAAGUCAUCCAGAACUGAGAAAGCUACGAGGAUAAAGAUGAAAAAUCAAAAUAGGAUUAUAGUGGCAGGGAUUGGGAGUUUUACUCUGGGCAUUGCACUCCUGUCUUUCUUGGUUUUUGGUGGACAUCAUUACCACUUCGUUGUUUACGUUACCCUAGGGUGGGUAGUGACGGUGUUGAUGGCGUCAAGUCUGGCCUUCCUCCACAUUGGAAGUUUCGACUGCUGCCAAUUCACGCCCGGUCACGUCCUCGUUCUAAAGUAUAUCAUUGUAUACUGGCUUGGUAAGUCAAAAACCCGAAAAUACUGUGAAUCUUUUGACUGCAGCACCAAAGACUGCAGCACGUACCAAGCUGAUUUUCUUUUGAAGAAGAUCCGAAGAUGUGAAGACACCGUUUACGGUCAGGACUUCAACUUCAGAGGCAUUUCCAGUGUUGAGGACUUCAUCAAGAAACAUCCCCUGACAUCGUAUGACCAUUACCAGGAGUACAUCAAGCGUGUAGCCGACGGUGAAGUUGGAGUGAUGUCUUACACUAAUCCCGCCUUCCUAGGUAUGACGUCGGGAACGACUGGAAAUGCGAAGCUAUUUCCGGUCAGUAAUGAAAACCUAGCGGACUUGAGCGGUAGUGCCGCUGCGGUAAGUACGGAUUUACAGACGAGAUUGGGCAUUGAAGUAACGGGACCGCUCGUAGUGUCUUGCUGCCUGUUGACGGGUGUGCCAAUCGGUAGGUCCGAAGGCGGCAUUCCAAAGGGACCCGUAACCUCGUUCAUGAUGCCUGAUAGCAUCAAGGAGAUUAUCUUCUCAACUCCUUUGGUCGGCUACAAGAUCAUGGACGAGUCGACCGCCAUGUAUGUACACGCCCUUUUUGCGCUGCGUGAUGAAAACCUGUCAGCUGUCUGGGCACCAUUCGCAUCAUCUCUCUACAUCUUCUUUCGUCUUCUGGAAGCCUCCUGGAAGAAGCUAGCCCAGGAUAUCCGUAGAGGUUCUGUCUCGGACGACAUCCCGGCUCUUUCUGACAAAGAUCGGAAAGAAAUCAACGCCCGCUUGCUACCUAUGCCUGAACGAGCCGACGAGCUGGAGAUGCAGUUCAGGAUCGGGUUUGACAACAUCGUGUCAAGGUUGUGGCCCAGGAUGCCUUCAAUAUCUGGGACUACAUCGGGAUCGAUGCAGACUUACGUCAAGCGUCUCAAGAAGUACACUGGAGAUCUUCAAAUGUUAUCCCGCUACUACAUCUCAACUGAAGGAUUGAUUGGUUAUGCAAUCGGGUUUCCGGACGAUGGACAAACAGAAUACGUCUGUAUACCAGAUGGGCUCUUCUACGAGUUCAUCCCAAUAUCUAAUUGUAACGAGAGCAGUCCAGCAACUGUGUUGAUGGAAGAUGUAAAGAAGGGGGAAUGCUAUGAAGUGGUCAUCACCAACAAAGAUGGCCUGUAUCGCUACAGAAUGGGAGACGUCAUCCUCAUCACUCGAUUCUACAACAAAGCACCCGUCUUUCAAUUCCAGUAUAGACGCGGAGAACUUCUGAAUCUCUGCUCGGAGAAAACCUCGGAGGUGAUGAUAACGACUGCCCUCAACGACACUGUAAAGAUAUGGAAGGGUGCGGAAAUUGUGCAAUACGCUUGUGCUGAAAGCCCACUUUACGAAGAGGCAACAGGUGAAAACUCCACUUCAAAUUCUCUGUAUUACGUCAUCUUCGUCGAGCUUUCUAUUCCAGUAGACACCAUAUUGCUGUCAUCGGUGAAGGAACAUGACGAGUUUGAGCGCGAAUUUGACGCGAAUCUUCGCGGAGCGAACGACUCUUACUACGACAACCAGCGGCAGGCGGGCAAAUUGCAGCUACCCAGAAUCAUCUUUGUCGAUGGCCGGGCCUUCCCGGGCCUGAGGGACUACAUGCUGGAGAACUCGACAGCUUCUGCCAGUCAGUUCAAGCUGCCAAGGAAACUGCGGAAAAUGGAGUGGAUCCUAACUCUGUUGAAACAUGAGGUCAAGGAUCUCGGGAUCGAAAGAUAAAUAAUGAUAUAUAUAUAUAUAUUUUGUUUUAA